AUGGAAGUAGAAAUGUUUGAUUAUGAUUUAGUAAUGCUAGAUUAUAACAAUCAAAAAAAUAAUAUUAAUAUUAAUAGUAAUAGUAAUAAUAACAAUACCAAUAAAAAUAAAAAUAAUCUAUUAUUUGAAUUCCAACAACUUUCACCAUCCGCAACAACAAAACAAAAAAAACAAGAAUCAAUUGUUAUUGACGAGGAUGAUAUUAUUAAAUCUCCAAGUAAAAAGAAUGCCAAGCUCGAUAGAUAUGGAUUUGUUGUAACUGAAGAAACAUCAAGUGAGGAUAGAGAUGACAGUGAACAAGAAAACUAUCGUGAAGCUGGUAAAAGAAUUGCAAAGGAACAAAAAUGGAUUCACAUUGUUAAUAACUGGAAUGACUUUUUAAUAAACCAACCCGAAAAAUUAUUAUAUUUAUCAUCAAAAGGUAUACCAAACAAUCUUAGAUCGAUCGUAUGGAGAAAAAUGUUAAACAUUUCAUAUUUUAAAAAUCAAUACCCAGAUGACUAUUUUGUUGAACUUUGUAAAAAGUCACACAACGAACAUACAGAGCAAAUUGAAUUAGAUAUACCCAGAACCUUUCCAAAUCAUAAAAGAUUUUUUACACAAAGAAGUAAAAAAGAUUUAUUAAAUGUUUUACAAUCAUAUUCAUAUCAUAAUGAAAAGGUUGGAUAUUGUCAAGGUAUGUCAUAUAUUGCAGGUGUAUUAUUAAUGUAUUUAUCACCAGAAGAUACAUUUUGGUUAUUAGUGGCAUUGCUCGAAAGAGAAACCAUGGGCUAUUACAUGCCAGGUAUGCCACAGCUAAUUUCCGAUUCACAACUAUUUCAAAAAAUUAUAGAAAUCGAAAACAAACCUUUAGGUUUACAUUUAAUAAAUAAUGGUAUUGAUCCACUCCUAUAUGUUACACCAUGGUGGAUGUGUUUUUUUACAACACUACAAGAUUGGGGUGCAGUUCUAAGACUUUGGGAUUUGAUUCUUUUAGAAGGUGUCAACUCAUUAUUCCGUUUUUCACUUGUAAUAUUAAAAUAUUCCGCUGGUUACUUAUUUAAAAAAAAAGGUGCCGAUGGUCUUUUACCAUAUCUUUUAAGACCACCAAUUGACGAUAUUGGUGGAAUAGACUUUUUACUUAAAACUGCCAUGGAGUUACCAAUUAUAGAUUUAGUUAAAGAAGCCAAAGAAAAUAUUGAAAAAGAAAUGGAAGAAAAGAAAUUAAAGGAUCAGAAAUUAAAAGAGGAAAAAUUAUUAAAAGAACAACAACAACAACAAUCAUCAUUAAGAAAAUCAUCAACUCUUGUUGAAAAUAAUAGUUCAAAUGUAUUUGAUAAGAUUAUUAAAUUUAUCGAUCAAGUUGAUAAUGAAUUUUCCGAAUCAAAUACCAACUAUAACAAUUCAGUUAAGGAUAAUAGCAAUAAUAUAGAAAACAAAGCUGAACAACAGACACAGCAACAACCUCAACAACCACAGCAACUAAAAACUCCUGUUAAAACUGGUUUAUUCUCAAAGAAAAUUCGUGAUCUUACAAAUAGAAUUAAAAGUAGAUUUAUUCCAAACUAUGGCUAUCAACCAUGUAAUGUAAUUUUAGAACAAAAAUUAAGCAGAAAAUCAAUCGCAAGAAGACCAUCUAUGGUUCCAAGACAUUCAAUUGCUCAAAGAAAAUCAAUUGCACCAAGAAAAUCAAUUUUACCACCAAAACAAACUGAAAAUAGUAACAAUACCACUAUUGAAGAUAACAAUAUCAAUCCAGAUAAAACUAUGGAAACCAACAAUUCAUCCACCACCAUCACCACCACCACCACAACAACAACAACAACAACAGAUAAUAAUAAUAAUAGUAAUAACAUAGAUAAUAUUCCAAAAAAACCAAGACAAUCUGUAAUAAGAAGACCAUCAUUGAUGCCAAGACAACAAACCAUUGCACCAAGACUAUCAGUAGCAACAAGAAAAUCAAUUGUAGGUAGAAGACCAUCAAUUGCACCAAGAAAAUCAAUAAAACCAAAAACCAAUACCUCCAAAGCAACUCAAUACCAAGAAUGUAAAUCUGAUCCAUUAACAAGUAGAAAUAGUGAAGAUGAUGAGUGGGUAGGAAGCACAAAUGAAAAAGAAUUUAAUGAUUUUGUAGCUAAUGAAGAACAACAACAACAGAUAACAUCAACAAAUAAUUUAUUAAAUACAAGUAGGGAAAUUAAUAAAAAGUAUCCAACACCAAGCUCACCAGUACCAAUGAUCAAACCACCACCACCAUCAGCUACACCACUAUUAAAAAUUUUAUCACCAACUAACAAUAGUUUAAAUACAAGUUUAAAUAAUAGCAGUGGCUUGAUUGGAUUUAAAACAAACAAUCCACAAAGAAUUAAUAAUUGUAAUAGUAGUAGUAACAGUCUUUAUUCAUCACCUUUAAGAAAUCAAUCAUUUUAUAAAUCACCAAUUAAAACACCAAAUCAUAAAACAAUCAAUCAAUCUGUUGAUCUCCUAAAAGAAAUUAUGAAAACCCCACCAAAUGAUAAUAAAUGGACCACUUGGGUCAGUAGUACCAAUGCAAGUACAAUUAAAACAUGUCAAUUUGGUGAAUUUUCAUUCUCAUCUCCUCAACAAAACUCACCAAAUAUUUAUGAAAAACAAUUCCUUAAAGAAUUCUCAACACCAACUCCAUUAAAGGAAAAUAAUUAUUAUCGUAAUAGAGGUAAUAUUCCAGAUACUCCUCAAACCCCAUCGACCACCACUAAAAAAAGAUUGUUAUUUAAUAAUAACAAUUUAAAUUAUCAAAAUGAUCAAGAAAACAGAUAUAUCCAACAAACACCAACAAAAACACCCAUUAAAUUUUUAAAAACAAAUAAUAAUGAUGAAAAUAAUAUAAAUAGAUUAAAAUCAUCAACAAACAAUUUUAAUAAUAAUAUUAAUAAUAACAACAACAACAACAAUAAUAACAAUAUGGAUAUCGAUUUUGAAAAUACUCCUCAAACCAACUCACCAUCCUCUUAUGAACUAAAACAAAUUGAUCAUCAAAAUUUCAUAAACAAUAAGCAAGUUAAAAAAUGGGACUUAAGAGUUUAA